AGAGGCUACGACACUGCGUGUAUAUAUAUAUACAUAUAUACAUUAAAAGUAUAGUAACAUAGAGUCAGCAUUGUGUGUGUACUCGAACACGUUUUGUUCGUAGUGUCUCUGAGCAGCAAGGAGCACGUGUUUGUUGGAGGGAAUCCGAAGUGAAUUUCACAGUCAUACUCAUUCGGUCGAGGUGUCCCGGCGCGCCGCUCAUUUCGUUAUCCUCCGCUGCUAACUACCAAAAAGGAAGGAUUUUCGCGCAUCCGUGCUGUUAUCUAUACGUCGCGACUUAAGUUAUACAUACUUGCACACAUACACCGAAAUAUAUCUAUAUAUAUAUAUAUAUAUAUAGAUAUAUAUAAUACACAAGUAAACUACUCCAAGUAGAAAGGAACAGUCGAGAUCUGCGGUGCUUAAAGGCUUAGUUUAAGCCAUGCUGUAAAAUAUAAAAAAAAAUAUUGUGCGUUUAUUUAUAUAUAUACACAUGAUUUUUUUCGCUGCGAGAAUUCCGGUAAUAAAAUGUCGAUAUUAAUAUUAUGACCUAUAAAUUUUGGCGUCAUUAUCAAUCGUGCCGUUGAAGUUGUUGUAAUUGCCUGAAAGCAUCAUCAUCAUCAUCGUCGUCGUCGUCGUCGUUGAAACAUCUUCACCGUCUUCAACAUGAGUCGUCCAAGGACCGGCGAGGAUCGCAACAAGAAUGGAUACAUUGCCGUCUUCGAUCAAGCCAACAUCCACGAAACGGAAACCAAGAAGCAUCAAGCAUGUUUCGGUACGAGGCAUAUGGUCACGCUCAUGCUGUUCUUGGGUAUGGCCAAUGCGUACAUCAUGAGGACGAAUAUGUCCGUCGCCAUCGUCGCCAUGGUCAACAACACGGCUUUGAAUAUGAUAGGUGAACAUUCCGAUGAACCGAUUGAUGAUGAAUGCGGCAUCGUGGAGGACGAGGAAGAGGUGGAUCCUCCUCAUCUGGACGGGGAGUUCUUAUGGGAUUUCGACCAGCAAGGCUACAUCUUGAGCUCCUUCUUCUACGGCUACGUGAUCACACAGAUUCCGUUCGGUAUCCUGGCCAAGCGGUACGGAAACAUCUACUUCUUGGGCGUCGGGAUGCUGAUUAACUCUGUGUUCGGUUUGCUGGUGCCGAUCGCGGCUCAAGAGGGAGGCCUCUGGUGGUUAAUUGCAGUCAGAUUUAUACAAGGACUCGGGGAGGGCCCUAUUGUACCAUGCACGCACGCUCUUCUGGCAAAAUGGAUUCCACCUAAUGAGAGAAGUCGUAUGGGUGCGUUCGUUUACGCAGGUGCCCAAUUCGGUACAGUGAUUUCAAUGCCCCUCAGCGGGCUUCUGUCUGUAUCCGAUGGAAGAUGGCCUUCGAUCUUCUACGUUUUCGGCGCCAUCGGCACCGUCUGGUCACUGGCGUUCCUGUACUUUGUUCACGAAGACCCGGAAGUACAUCCCAAGAUCAACCCGGACGAGAGGAAGUACAUCUUGAACUCGCUUUGGGGCACUCAGGGCAUCACCAUGCCACCAAUUCCAUGGUUGUCCAUCCUGAAAUCGCUUCCGUUCUGGGCCAUCCUGAUCGCCCAUAUGGGUCACAAUUACGGUUACGAAACUUUGAUGACCGAACUGCCCACGUACAUGAGACAAGUACUCCGUUUUGAUAUCAAAAAGAAUGGUUUCCUAUCAGCUCUCCCGUACUUGGCCAUGUGGAUCUUCUCGAUGGGCAUCAGCCACGUCGCCGAUUGGAUGUUGAACUCGAAAUACUUUACGCAUACCGUCGUGAGGAAAAUCCUCAACGGAAUUGGUCAAUACGGUCCAGGUGUAGCUUUAAUUUGUGCCGCGUUCACCGGUUGCGAUCGUUGGUUGACCGUUUCCAUUUUGACCAUCGGCGUCGGCCUCAACGGCGGUAUCUAUUCCGGCUUCAAAGUGAACCAUCUGGAUAUUUCACCGAGAUUCGCCGGCAUCCUCAUGUCGUUCACCAACUGCUUGGCCAAUUUGGCCGGUCUCUUAGCGCCGAUCUUUGCUGGAAACAUCAUCAAGGGUCGACCAACGCAAGCUAAAUGGAGGAUAGUCUUCAUAGUUGCUGGAGUCGUGUACGCAGCCUGCUGCACCUUCUACAUGUUCUUCGCGUCCGGCGAGAGACAGGAUUGGGACAAUCCAGACAACGACGAGGCGAACAGGGAAAAAGAUCCCGAAAGGAACGGAAGUACUCAAGUCACGAGUACAUAAGUUUAGUUAUUAUUACAUAUUUUUUUUUAUCAAGUGCAAGAGGAAAAGACAUUUUUUUUUAUUCGGUAUAAAUGAUUACGAGUGAAAUGAUCGUGGCAGCAGCAGCUACUAGGAUUUUAGGUUUAAACAAAACAUUUUUUUUUGUUAUUUAUUUGUUAAAACACGAAGAUUAUUUAUUAUGAUGUUAGAAAAAAAA